GCUAGUUUCCGCAUUAAAUCAAGCCUUUGUGCGGUCAGCCGCUAGUAUCGAUCGGCAGCAGUAGCAGAGGGUGAGUAAUUGUGCGCUAAACAUCGUGAAACAUCCGUUCCAGUGUUAAAGUCCACCUACAAACAAAAGCAAAGAACCGCACGUAACGAGUCGCGAGACGAGAUGACCGCUGCGCUGUGGGUCGUGCUUAUCUUGGGUCUAUCAUCGACCCAGUUGGUAGGGGCUGCUUACGAGUACCAGAUUAAAACGAUCGACGUCCCAAUCGACCAUUUUACGUACACCAGCGAAGCUACGUUCAAAUUGCGCUACCUGAUCAACGAUACGUAUGCCCAAAACACCAACGAUCCCAACCGACCGAUACUGCUCUACACUGGAAAUGAAGGUGACAUCGAGCUGUUUGCCAAAAACACUGGCUUCAUGUGGGAGCUGGCACCGAAGCUGAAGGCAUCACUGUUAUUUAUAGAGCAUCGAUUCUACGGUCAUUCGCUCCCGUUUGGAAACGCGUCGUUUGAAUCUCCAAAGAAUCUAGGCUAUCUGACAUCAGAACAAGCACUGGCUGAUUUUGCACUGGUGCUGCGAACGCUUAACCCGAUCAAUGGUACGAAUCGGGCUCGUCCAGUCAUAGCAUUCGGAGGAUCUUACGGUGGCAUGCUGGCCGCCUGGAUGCGCAUCAAGUAUCCACAUCUAGUAGCGGGUGCAAUAGCUGCAUCCGCACCAAUCCGUCAGUUCCAGGGCGUGACCCAAUGCGGAAUCUUCAACCAAAUCCUUACAUCUGUGUAUCAGGUCGCAUACAACGCCGAGUGUGCAUCCAAUAUACACCGCUCGUGGACCAUGCUGCAAAACUAUUCGUCCACUGCUGACGGACUGCGAGUGCUGAACGAAAAAUUUAAAUUUUGUACCAACCUGACCAAGGCUACGGAUGUAAUCGAGACGUUCUUUGACUAUCUCACCGAUGUAUAUGGCAAUUUGGCAAUGAUCAAUUAUCCGUACGAAUCGAACUUCCUUGCACCGGUACCUGCUUACCCGGUACGAGAGUUUUGUGGCCGUCUGGACAAAAAUUAUACCGGUGCCGAGUUGUUAGAUCAUCUGCAGUCCGCAUUGUCCAUUUACGCCAACUACGAUGGCAAGGCAACCUGUCUCAACAUCAACUCUUCAUACGAUGGUAGCGGCAUUGGUGAUCGUGGCUGGGAUUUCCAAGCCUGCACGGAAAUGGUAAUGCCGAUGUGUGCUGACGGUGUGCACGACAUGUUUCCGCCACAACAAUGGGACCUGCAAAGUUACGCGGACAAAUGCUUCAAGAAAUACGGCGUGCAUCCGCGGCCCGAUAACGCGCUACUUAACUACGGAGGCGAGUUUCUCGAAGGGAGCAUCACGAAUAUCGUCUUCAGCAAUGGGCUACUAGAUCCUUGGUCCGGAGGCGGUGUAUUGCGUUCAACCAAUGACAAUAUCAAGAUAGUGCUUAUUCCCGAAGGUGCUCAUCAUAUUGAUUUGCGUGCGUCUAACCCGAAUGAUCCGUCCUCGGUAAUACGCGCACGUGCCGUACACGUCCAAAACAUACAAAAGUGGUUGACUGAGUACAGGAAGCGGCAAAAGGUGUAUUAGAAUACAUACGGUAAAUGAUUACCAGCGGAACCAGGGGGCCGAUUCAUGGGAAUAGCUUACCUGAUUAAAUUAUCUUUGAACCAUACAGUGGUGAUUGCUUCACAAAGUCAUCCAGCUUUGUCUUAAAAAUAUCCGAUGUGACGGGCGUUCCGAUGGUCCACAGGGGAUUUCUUACGACAUACUCAACCCAAAUCUGAUGUAACAAAUACAGUUAAUAAAAAGA